AUGGCGCCGCCACUAUGCCCGCGCCUCGACGUCGUGGCCGCCUCCGCCGCCGCGCUUCUCGGCGUUCUUCUCGCCACAGCCUCGGCCGCCCUCGCCGGCGGCGGGACGGGAGGAUACGCCCGCGUGUUCAGCUUCGGCGACUCGCUCACCGACACCGGGAACGCGCUGCGCCUCCCGUGCACCGGCGGCGGCGGCCCCGCCAGCCGCCCGCCCUACGGCGAGACCUUCUUCCGCCGCCCCACCGGCCGCGCCUCCGACGGCCGCCUCGCCGUCGACUUCGUCGUGGAGGCGCUGCGGCUGCCGCACCCGGCGCCGUACCUCGCCGCUGCCGGCAAGACGGCGGCGGGCUUCGACCACGGCGUGAACUUCGCGGUGGCCGGGUCGACGGCGCUCUCGCCGGAGUUCUACGCGGGCAGGGGUCUCAAGCCGUUCGUGCCGGUCUCUCUCGCCAACCAGACCAUCUGGUUCCACAACGUCGUGCAGCUUCUUGGAUCUUCAGAUCACGAUCGGAGGAAGGUCAUGGCGAGCUCGCUGUUCAUCGUCGGAGAGAUCGGGGUGAACGACUACCUGGUCUCCCUCGUCGGGAACCUCACCGUCGGCGAGGUCGAGUCCUUCGUGCCGCACAUCGUCGGCGCCAUCCGGUCCGUCGUGAACGAGGUGAUCGCCGCCGGAGCGACGACGGUGGUGGUGCCGGGGAUGAUACCGCUCGGCUGCGAGCCGCAGCUGCUCGCCCUCUACCAAGGCGGUGCUGGCAGCUCCGACGCCGGCGACUACGACCCCAGGUCCGGCUGCAUGGCGCGGCUGAACGGCCUCGCCGAGCGCCACAACCGCGAGCUGCGCUGCGCCGUCGCGGAGCUCCGCCGCGCGCACUGGGGCACGUCGACGUCCGUCGUCUACGCCGACCUCUACCGCGCCGUCACCGACAUCGUCGUCUCGCCGGGCAGGUACGGCUUCGGGGACAUGCCGCUGGAGGCCUGCUGCGGCGGCGCCGGCUCGUACAACUUCAACGUGACGGCGUUCUGCGGCGCCUCGGGGGCGACGGCGUGCGCGGACCCGUCGGUGUACGUGUCGUGGGACGGGGUGCACUUCACGGAGGCGGCCAACAGGCACAUCGCCUGCGCCAUGCUGAAGGUGCGCCCCGCCGGCGCCGCGCCGCCGGGCAUGGCAACGUCGACGACGUGGCCGGCGGCGGCGGAGGCUGGACGUAGGAGGAUCGGGUGCUGA